AUGACAAAAUUAUCAUUGAGAUAUGAAGCGCCAGAAGUGAAAAACGUUGGCGAAGAAAUAUUUUUCUGCUUGAUUCGCCUGCAUAGGUUAAGUGGAGAAGCAAAAAAAUAUUGCUCAGGCAGUAGCAGUCUCAAAUUGGGUAAAGAAAUUGUGAUGCCUUCUUCCUGCUUCAUAAGAAGAUUAAUUCAUUUAAAGAAAUUUUGCCUUAUAAAACAAUUUGCCGAGGUUGAUUUUGACAGUCAGACGUGCGUACGUCUGUCUAGCCUUCUCUUACUUUGUACCAAACUUACUAAUCAUACAACUGAUACAAUGUUAAAGUUAGGUAUAACAAAGUACAAAGGUGGAAUGAGUUACUGGACCAUUUUGAUGAUUGCAGUUAUAACUCCUCUAUUCAGCAUACUUUUACCUGAAACAAAAUUCCCUCCUUGCGUUAAUAUUGAACUUUAUGUUAUUCAUCCUUCUCCAACAUUUUAA